UAACUGUCACCCUGUUUAUUAAUCUUUGAGCUUUGACUUUAAGCCGUUUAUUAAUUUUUUGCACGUCAAAUGUAAUCAGGGGUUUGUUUCAUUAUUUAAAAAGAAUAGUUUAUUUAUAAAGCCGGUUCUGCGUCGAAAAAUAACUGCAACCGAUGUCAGAAACCUCCACAACAGCGAUUCAAGCCCCUAAGGACGAACAGCCGUCAACCAAAAUACCUGAUUCUAUAAAGAAAGUUAUUGCCAUGGAAAAAGACAAUGAAACGAAUGCUAAUCGAAAAUCAAGAAUUGAUCUCAAUGCACUGCCUACACGCCAAUACCUCGACCAAACAGUUGUUCCUAUAUUAUUACAAGGACUAUCAGCUUUGGCUAAAGAGAGGCCGCCAGAUCCUAUCAGUUAUUUAGCUGCUUAUCUACUUAAGAAUAAAAAUACAUUUGAAAAUAACAAUGCUGGAGCCAACAACAAUGCAACACCAAAUUCACAAACAUAGAUAAAUUUUAAUUUAAUUUAGCAUAAUUUGCCCAUGAGGGAACAGUUAAAAACUUUUAGUUUCAUGUU